AUGCAUGCUCUCCGCUUCGAAGGACGUGUGGUGCUUGUGACUGGCGCAGGUCGUGGACUUGGGAGAUCUUAUGCACUGGAAUUUGCCAAAAGAGGAGCUAAAGUUAUUGAUGUCGUUGUCAACAAUGCUGGAAUUCUAAGAGACACAAGUUUUGCUAAAAUGAGUGAACUGGAUUGGGAUUUGGUGAUUAAAGUUCAUUUAAAGGGUGCAUUUUCUGUCACUAAAGCAGCCUGGCCAUAUAUGCGUGAAAGAAAGUAUGGCCGUUUGGUAUUCAUUUCUUCGAAUUCUGGAAUAUAUGGGAGUUUUGGUCAAGCAAACUACGCUGCUGCUAAGAUGGCGCUAAUUGGAUUGUCAAAAACUCUGGCUCUCGAGGGUCAGAAAUAUAAUAUUAUCAGCAAUGCUUUGGUGCCUACAGCCGGUUCUCGGAUGACUGAGACAAUAAUGCCAGACGAUUUGGUUAAGGCAUUUAAACCCGAAUUUGUAACUCCUCUCUGUAUUUAUCUGGGACAUGAAAAUUGCUCUUCAACAGGACGAAUUUUUGAAGCUGGAGCAGGCUGGUAUGGAACAGGUAUAUUGAUUUUCGGAAAUAAAAAAUUAAUCUUUAAUAAAGUUGAGUCCUAUCGUUCUGCGGGCCUGGUUAUUUCAAAUGCUAUUGCUGAAGAUGGCAAGUCUAUUUUGUCCUUUAAUUGCUAAAUGAGUGUUUAUAGUUGCAAUCAAUUGGGAGAAGAUCUGUGAUAUGAAAGGUGCAAAACACUUUGAGAGCAGUAACGGUGGGUAUAAUUUAUUUAAAUAUUUGGCUUGAAAAUUGAAAUAGUGUAAUAGAUUUUCCCAGGGUUUAUUUUUUUCGCUAUUAACAAGCUUUGAAUUUGUUUUUUAUAGAUAUUAUAACCGAAUUGGUCAACGU